CGGGGCGGCGGGCGGGGCGGCUGCGUGCGCAGCAGGACGGGACUCCGGGUCGCACGCGUCCUUCCCCCACGGGCCCGCGCGCUGCUUGACCGCGACCGGAAGCCUCAGGCCCGAGGCUUGUGGGAUCUUAGUUCCCGGACCAGGGAUCAAACCCGUGCCCCCUGCAGUGAAAGCACAGAGUCCUAACCACUGGACCGCCAGGGAAGUCCCUAACUGGAUUUUAAGUCUCUUCAUAAUCUGAUCUCUACUUCUGCCUCCUUAUCUCUUGCAGCUCCCCAUUCCUGCACUCUUAAAUACCAGCCAAUUUAGUUAAAUUCUUCGAAUUCUUUGAAUGGGUCUUCUUCUCCAAGCUACUGUACUUUGUUGGAAUACUUUUCCUUACCCCUUCUAUGUCUCAACUUCAAUGUCACUUCCAAUGAUGAGAGGGUUAAAUGGCCUUCUAAUGUACUUACCCUGUCAUAGCACUUAUGACACCAUAUUUUUUUUUUUGUGGUACGUGGGCCUCUCACUGUUGUGGCCUCUCCCGUUGCAGAGCACAGGCUCCGGACGCACAGGCUCAGCGGCCAUGGCUCAUGGGCCCAGCCGCUCCGCGGCAUGUUGGAUCUUUCCGGACCGGGGCACGAACCCAUGUCCCCUGCUUCGGCAGGUGGACUCCCAACCACUGCGCCACCAGGGAAGCCCUGACACUGUAUUUUAAUUAUCACCUUCCUUGCUUUUUAGUGUCUCCCACUAGAUAGUGAGUUCCUUGAAGGCAAGGACCAGUCUGUGACCUUAAUGUCCUCAUGUCCAUCCCUUCUCAGUGUCUGCUACCCUCGUUCAGGCCCUCAUUAUCUCUAACUGGGACAACUGCAUGGGUCGGUUAAACCGUCUCCCUGCCCCUGGUCUAUCUGUUUUUAAUCCAUGCUCAACACUGCCAGCAGAAGCAGUUUUGUAUAAUGGCUGACUUAACACUUUCCUACUUAAAACACCUCACUAGAUCCAGCUGCUUUUAGAAAAAGGCCAGAUGCUUUAGAAUUACAUGAAUUUGUCUCCUCCCCUUCUUUAUUCUACCUUGUGCCUAGUAGGCACUCCAUAAACAUUUGUUUAGUGAAGGAGGGACUGAUAUCAAAUUUGGUCAAACAGAACCAAGAACAAAGAGUUUAACCAAAGAAACGGCAUCUGGCUGCAGAGGCUUCCUAGGACAGCACAGCCAAAGGUUUCAGUGGAGCUGGAAGACUGGUAGUGGAACUCCUUUGAGGAGGGAGUCCCCAAGACAUGCCUUACUGUUGGAGGACUCUCUGUCUUUGCAUUUGCCUGGAACAUGCUACUCCCAUCAACGUGGUAAAAACCAUCAGAUUUCGAGACUCAGUUCAAGUAUCCCUUCCUCUGUUACACCUCUCCUGACCUUUCUAGAUAGAAAGAGUGUAAAUUGGUUCAGCUUUUCUGUAGCAUAACUUAUCAAGAUAUAUCAAGAGUGAUGAAAAUACGAAGACUUGUUACCCUAGGAAUUGUGCAUCUAGGAUGUAACUACAAGAGAAUGGGGCCUAGUUCUGGGCUUUAAUAACCCAGUCCUUCCCAGGUCUUUAACCUAAAGGAAAAUUAUGACCAUUCUAAGAAACGAAAUCGGAAUAGAAUGGUUUCUUUACAACCAUAACCAGUCAAAAUACUUCAUUAUUACAGCUAGUAUUUUCAGCCUUUUCAUCAGCACUGCUAACACAAAUAAUGUGUAAAGUGUCAAAACAUAAUAAAAUUGUUCCUAGCCUUUCUAUUUAACCUUGCUACUCUGACCACCUCUCCCCUGACUUCAGGGGGUCCAUCCUAAUUUAAUAUUGAUCUAAAUAAAACAGGCUGCCAGUAAACAUGUAUCUCAAAAUUAAAUAGGAAUUAUUUUUAAAGUACUACAAGGACAUAAUUAAAGCUUUCCAGACAGAUGUUCAUGAGUACAUUGUUGAUAACAUAGAAAAACUAGAGACAGUCUAAACUUACAAACUAAGGGACUGGUUGAGUAAACGGUGGUGUAUCUUGACAAUGGAAUGUAACACGACAUUAAAACCGAUGUAAAAAUAGGUUUAACAUUGAAUGAAAUAAGAGUAUCAUUCCACUUUUGGUGGGGAAAAGUGUGUGUGUGUAUUUUACACAUGCACAUAAAAAAAUGGGUACACACUAAAGUGUUAAUUGGGAUUAUCUCCGGGUGGUCAUGUUAUGGUUUCUUUUAUUUUGCUCUUUUUGCUUGUCUGUAUUUUCUCAUUUUUCUCAAAUAAUGUGUAUUACCUGUGAAUUCAAAAUAAUUUGUUUGUCUCUGAGAUAUAUUACAUAAUGUAUUUUCAGCUUUAUUAUUGGAAAAAUCUGUGCCCUUAUUCCAUUUCAACUAAAACAAUUUGAGGUUUGUAUCAUUUAUUUCCUUUGAGUACUCUGUUGUACGAUUUUUGCUAAAGACUAAUGAUAAGGCUAAAAGGCAAGAAAAGCAACCAGACCGGAUACUUAAAUAAGUUUGGAUUAAAUAACCAAGAACUGAUAGCUACAAACUAGAAUUUAAUUUUCUUUUUCUCCAUCAUUAAUUUGUUUGUCUUCCAUUUUUAAAAGCAUGCUGAUCCCAUUUUCAAUGAAGAAUUGCUUCCAGUUACUUUGUAACCUCAAGGUCCCAGCAGCUGGUUUUAAAGACACAGUUAAAAGUGGGCUCAUUUUACAGUCAGUUUCCAAUGAUGUUUACCAAAACCUGGCUGUAGAAGACUGGAUCCAUGACCAUAUGAAUCUAGAAGCCAAGCCGGUUCUUUUCUUUUGGAGGAAUUCUCCCUCUGUUGUAAUUGGUCGGCAUCAGAACCCUUGGCAGGAAUGUAACCUGAAUCUGAUGAGAGAAGGAGGUGUAAAACUAGCUCGGAGGAGAAGUGGAGGAGGAACAGUCUACCAUGAUAUGGGUAACAUCAACUUGACUUUUUUUACAACCAAAAAAAUGUACGAUAGGAUGGAAAAUCUAAAAUUAGUUGUUAAAGCUCUGAAGGCUGUCCAGCCGCAGCUGGAUGUGCGGGCUACCAAAAGGUUUGACCUUUUACUUGAUGGACAGUUUAAAAUCUCAGGAACAGCUUCCAGGAUUGGCCAGACCGCUGCUUAUCACCACUGCACUUUGCUAUGCAGUACCGAUGGGACCUUCUUGUCAUCUUUGUUGAAGAGCCCUUACCAAGGGGUCAGGAGUACUGCCACUGCGAGCACACCUGCCUUAGUAAAAAAUCUUAUGGAAAAAGAUCCCACCCUGACCUGCGAAGUAGUGAUAAAUGCUAUUGCCACAGAGUAUGCUACAUCUCAUCAAAUCGAUAAUCACAUUCACCUAAUAAACCCAACAGACGAGACGCUGUUUCCUGGAAUAAACAGCAGAGCCAAAGAACUACAGACCUGGGAGUGGAUAUAUGGCAAAACUCCAAAGUUCAGUGUAAACACUUCCUUCAAUGUGUUAUAUGAACAUUCACACUUGGAAAUUAAAGUAUUCAUAGACAUAAAGAAUGGAAGAAUUGAAAUCUGUAAUAUUGAAGCACCUGACCAUUGGUUGCCGCUGGAAAUACGUGACAAGUUAAAUUCAGGUUUUAUUGGUAGUAAAUUUUGCCCAAUUGAAACGACUAUGCUUACAAGUAUAUUACAUAGAACAUGUCCAGAAGAUGAUGAACUACACAGUAAAUGGAAUAUGCUCUGUGAAAAAAUUAAGGGAAUAAUGUGAUUCCAAGUAAAUUUCUUAAUAUUGACAGUUUCAAUGACAGAAUUAAAAAUGUUUACAGUACAUUGUCUGUCUCUUAAAAUAAAAAAGAUCUAGUCUCCUUCAGUAACUUCUCCCUAUUUGAAAUUGUCUAUCACCUAUCCUAGUCCAUAUUUUCCAUUGAUGUCUAAGAUCCUCUCUGUCUUUAUUGAUUUUAAUACCUGGCUGCAUUUGUAUUUCACCUCCUUCCUCUGUUACCAUCUUGGGGUUGUAUACCAUAUGGGACACUCUGACCUCAGAGUCCGUUCUCUUUCUUACCUCUAGGGAAUAUAACCCCAGCUUCUUGCCACCUCUGAUACCUUAAACUCUAAAAUUCUCCCGUUU